GUUUAUCAUCUGUACACAGAAUGAAGUCGUCGGUGAAAGAGGAGCUGGAGGCCAUCCUGCGGGAGAGGAUUAUGGUCCUGGACGGUGGGAUGGGGACACUGAUCCAGCGGCGAAACCUGGACGAGGAGGCUUUCCGAGGGCGGCGCUUCCGGGACCACCCGAGACCCCUCCGGGGCAACAACGACCUCCUCAGCCUCACCCAGCCCGAUGUCAUCUACGCCAUCCACCAGGAAUACUUACUGGCCGGGGCCGACAUAAUCGAAACCAACACCUUCAGCAGCACGCGGGUGGCCCAAGCGGACUACGGCCUGGAGCAUCUGGCCUACCAGCUCAACAAGAGUUCGGCGGAGGUGGCCCGGAGGGCGGCCAACGACGUCACGGCCCAGACGGGGAUUAAGAGGUUCGUGGCCGGGGCCCUGGGCCCCACCAACAAGACCCUCUCCGUAUCCCCCUCCGUGGAAAGACCCGAUUUCAGGAAUAUCACGUUCGACGAGCUAGUGGAAGCCUACCGAGAGCAGGCCCGGGGGCUUCUGGACGGAGGAGUGGACAUCAUGUUGGUCGAAACCGUAUUCGACACCGCCAACGCCAAGGCCGCCCUGUUCGCCCUCCAGGAGCUCUUUGAAGAAGAGUAUCCGCCCAAGCCCAUCUUCAUCUCGGGCACCAUCGUCGAUAAGAGCGGCCGCACGCUGUCGGGGCAGACUGGGGAGGCGUUCGUCAUCAGCGUGUCCCACGCCCAGCCGCUGUGCCUCGGCCUCAACUGCGCCCUGGGGGCCGGCGAGAUGCGGCCCUUCAUCGAAGCCAUCGGGAAAUGCACGCCGGCCUAUGUCCUCUGCUAUCCCAACGCAGGUCUCCCCAAUACGUUCGGCGACUACGAUGAAACGCCCCAAGUAACGGCCCGCCACUUGAAGAGCUUUGCCCAGAGCGGUUUAGUCAACGUGGUCGGGGGCUGCUGCGGGACCACCCCGGAUCACAUCAGGGCGAUCGCCGCGGCCGUGGAAGCCUGCAAACCUCGCGUCCCUCCGACCUCCCUUCCCCAAGGACACAUGCUGCUGUCGGGCCUGGAGCCCUUCGGCGUCGGCCCCUUCACCAACUUCGUCAACAUCGGCGAGCGCUGCAACGUGGCCGGCUCCCGGAAGUUCGCCAACCUCAUCAAGGCCGGCAACUAUGAAGAAGCUCUGAGCGUAGCCAAGGCCCAGGUGGAGAUGGGCGCCCAGAUCCUGGACGUCAACAUGGACGACGGCAUGUUGGACGGGCCGCGGGCCAUGGCCCGAUUCUGCAAACUGAUCGCCUCCGAGCCCGACAUCGCCAGGGUCCCGCUCUGCAUCGACUCCUCCAACUUCGCCGUGAUCGAAGCCGGCCUGAAGUGCUCCCAGGGCAAGUGCAUCGUCAACAGCAUCAGCCUGAAGGAAGGGGAGGCGGACUUCCUCGGGAAAGCCCGCCGGAUCCGGCGGUACGGGGCCGCCGUGGUGGUCAUGGCUUUCGACGAAGAGGGCCAGGCCACGGAGACGGCCGCCAAAAUCCAGGUGUGCACCAGGGCUUACCGCCUCCUGGUCGACGGUCUGGCCUUCAACCCCAACGACAUCAUCUUCGACCCCAACAUCCUGACCAUCGGCACCGGAAUGGAGGAGCACAACCUGUACGCCGUCAACUUCAUCGACGCCACCCGGGCCAUAAAGGAAUCGCUGCCCGGAGCCAAGAUCAGCGGGGGCCUCUCGAACCUGUCGUUCGCGUUCCGCGGCAUGGAAGCCAUCCGCGAGGCGAUGCACGGCGUCUUCCUCUACCACGCCAUCCGGUCCGGGCUGGACAUGGGGAUCGUGAACGCGGGCAACCUGCCGGUGUACGACGCCAUCCCCCGGGACCUGCUGCGGCUGUGCGAGGACCUCAUCUGGAACCGGGACCCCGACGCCACCGAGAAGCUGCUGCACUACGCCCAGACCCACGCCAAGGGGGGCAAGAAAGCCGUGCAGACGGACGAGUGGCGAGACGGCCCCGUGGAGGAGCGACUGGAAUACGCCCUCGUCAAGGGCAUCGAGAAGUACGUGGUGGAGGACACGGAGGAGGCCAGGGCGGACAGGGAGACCUACCCGCGCCCGCUGAACGUCAUCGAGGGGCCCCUGAUGAACGGCAUGAAAAUCGUCGGCGAUCUCUUCGGAGCAGGGAAGAUGUUCCUGCCGCAGGUCAUCAAGUCAGCCCGGGUCAUGAAGAAGGCGGUCGGCCACCUCAUUCCGUUCAUGGAAAAGGAGAGAGAGGAAAAGAAGGCUCAGACCGGCAGCGUGGAAGAGGAGGACCCCUACCAGGGCACCAUCGUGCUGGCCACCGUCAAGGGCGACGUCCACGAUAUUGGCAAGAACAUCGUCGGCGUGGUGCUGGGCUGCAACAACUUCAGGGUCAUCGACCUGGGGGUCAUGACCCCGUGCGACAAGAUCCUCAAGGCCGCGCUGGACAACAAAGCAGAUAUAAUCGGCCUGUCGGGACUCAUCACCCCGUCUUUGGACGAGAUGAUCUUUGUGGCCAAGGAGAUGGAGCGCUUGGAGAUCAAGAUUCCUUUGUUGAUUGGCGGCGCCACCACUUCGCGAACCCACACGGCCGUGAAAAUCGCUCCUCGCUACAGCGCUCCGGUCAUCCACGUCCUGGACGCGUCCAAGAGCGUGGUGGUGUGUUCCCAGUUGCUGGAUGAAAACCUGAAGGACGACUACUUCGAGGAAAUCGUUGAAGAGUACGAAGACAUCAGGCAAGACCAUUAUGAGUCUCUCAAGGAAAGGCGAUACCUGAGCCUCGCCCAAGCCAGGAAGAAUGGCUUCCACGUCGACUGGCAGGCAGCGCCUUGCCCAGUCAAGCCGCGCUUCCUCGGCACGCGCGUCUUCGACGACUACGACCUGCGGCGGCUGGUGAGCUACAUCGACUGGAAGCCGUUCUUCGACGUCUGGCAGCUCCGGGGCAAAUACCCGAAUCGGGGCUUCCCCAAGAUCUUCGAGGACAAGACAGUGGGUGAAGAGGCCAGGAAGGUUUACGAGGACGCCCAGAAGAUGCUCAAAGAGCUGAUUGCUCAACGAAAACUCCGCGCCAGGGGCGUGGUUGGCUUCUGGCCGGCCCAGAGCGUCCAAGACGACAUCCAUCUGUUCUCGGAAGAUGCGGAGCCCCGGACCGCCGAGCCCAUAGCCACGUUUCACGGCUUAAGGCAGCAGGCGGAGAAGGAUGCGGCCUCGCCCGACCCGUACUACUGCCUGUCCGACUUCGUGGCCCCGCUGGGCUCGGGCGUCCCCGACUACCUGGGCCUGUUUGCCGUGGCCUGCUUCGGCGUGGACGCGCUCUGCCGGGCCUUCGAGCAGCAGGGCGACGAUUACAGCAGCAUCCUGGCCAAGGCGCUGGGCGACCGGCUGGCGGAGGCGUUCGCGGAGGAGCUCCACGAACGGGUCCGGCGGGAGUUCUGGGGCUACCGCCCGGAGGAGCGGCUGGCCGUGGGCGACCUGCGCCGCGUCCGCUACGAGGGCAUCCGCCCGGCCCCCGGCUACCCGAGCCAGCCCGACCACACGGAGAAGAUCACCAUGUGGCGGCUGGCGGACGUCGCCGAGACCACGGGGAUCGUGUUAACGGAGUCGCUCGCCAUGGCGCCUGCUUCGGCGGUCUCUGGCCUCUACUUCUCCAGCGCUCAGUCCCGAUAUUUCGCCGUCGGAAAGGUUUACAAGGACCAGGUCGAAGACUACGCCCGAAGGAAAAACCUCCCGGUGACCGAAGUGGAGAGGUGGCUCGGCCCCGUUCUGGGAUACGACGUCGAUUAGUCGGCCGUCUCGUCUCCUGCUCUCUCGAGGGCCUCGAAGAAGACGCCGCCGAGCCCCGGGGGUCUUUAAAAUAAUGUUUUCGGCUCAGCUCGCAUCCCCUCUGGACCCUCUGGCAGAGCGAGAGCGAGCGGGGAAAUGGUAGUAGCGGUAGAAAGUAACGCGCAUGUCGCACUGGGCCGUAGAGUUGUAUUCCCUCCCAGUAGGGUACCUGAGGAAGAUGCGGGUUUUCUCCCGACUGGCUGGCCGUUUCGGCGUGGCGACCCGCCACUGGCUCGCCCCCGUAAAACCCCGCUGGGUCCGUUGCCUGAGUUGUGUGAACGAGGGGCGGAAUUGCGAGGGAAGAAACAAGGCGCUUGGGCGAUCACCUGCCGGAGGAGAACGCUUCAAAAUCCCGUCUCCUGAAGGCGUUGACUCGGCAGCCCUGGUGAUGGACCUCCUCGCCUGGGGAGAGUCAUGGUAACGUGCGGUCUCCAAAAAACCUGAUCGUUUCGGCGGCCCUGGGAGAAUCGAAGAGCGGCGCGGUGACUCGGAAAUCAAGAGAUUCUGGUAGCGGCCCUGUCGCUCACGUCGCCGGCCAUCUCGACCAGAAAUCCUUCUUCCCUCGACCGUGAUCCGUCGCCUAGCUGGUGGGGGUGGGCGGUGGGGAAAGAUGAGAGCAGAUCGCCGUGUACCGCAGGGUAGAGCAUUAGGAUGAUGAAUUAGCACGGCCUACCUCGGGAGGAAGUUAAUCAUCGAAUGAAACGUAAAUGGAUUGCCGGGCGGUAGUAGGAAAUGCCACUUCUUGAAAAAUCGCAGGCGAUUGAGCGAUCAGUCCGGGCGCGAGGUUUUAGCUUUCGCGGACGUCGGUCAGGGGCCGGGGGCUUUAGCGGAUUUCUCCAUUCGCCGAAGCGCCGUCAGUGGGUCGCGGAGGGGCUCGCGUCUUCUCAUUAAACUCAGGACACCGUC